AUGAGGCUCAAUUCUGCUUUUUCAUUGUUUUGCGCAUUUGCUGCCACCGCAGCAUCUGCAGCGAGUCUUUCUGGAACUCGUGCGUCAACUUUGACAUCUAAAUCUGCUCUCGCCUCGGCCUCAGCAACUUCCGCAGCCGAGCCUUGCAGUGCAAAUACAGCCAGCACUCGCAGUGAAUGGUGUCAAUAUGAUAUAAACACCGAUUACACCACAGUCAUUCCCGAAACCAAUGUCACUCGUGAAUACUACUUCAAUCUUGAGAAAGUCACAGUUUCUCCGGAUGGACGCUCACGUAUGGCACUGGCCAUCAAUGGCUCUAUUCCUGGUCCGACAAUUGAAGCGAACUGGGGUGAUUGGGUUGUGGUUCACUUGACCAAUAGUCUGCCCAAUGACAUCAAGAACGGUACAAGCAUUCACUUCCACGGUAUUCGGCAAUUAUACACCAACCAAAACGACGGGGUUGUCUCUAUCACCCAAUGUCCUACUGCCCCCAACAAUACCAUUACCUACAAGUGGCGUGCUAUGCAGUACGGUACGACCUGGUAUCACUCCCACAUUGGUCUGCAAGCCUGGGAGGGACUCUUCGGAGGAAUCGUGAUUCAAGGUCCUGCCAGUUCCAACUACGAUGAGGACAAGGGGGUGAUCAUCAUGAAUGACUGGGACAUCAACACCGUCGAUGAGUUGUUUGGCACAGCCCAGAUGGAGGGUCCUCCCUCAUUGGACAAUGCUCUGAUCAACGGCACAAAUGUCUUCGGAGAAGAUGGAUAUGUCAACCAAACUGGAACACGAUUCAAUACUUCUUUCACAGAAGGAACAUCCUACCGACUUCGUCUGGUAAACGCAGCAUGUGAUACGCAUUUCAAAUUCAUGAUUGACAACCACACCAUGACGGUGAUUGCCAACGACCUCGUCCCAAUUACUCCCUACAAGACCAACGUGCUCAACAUCGCAAUGGGACAAAGAUAUGACGUGGUAGUAACAGCCGACCAAGCAUCCGUAGCCAAGAACUUCUGGCUCCGCGCAAUUCCCCAGACCGCAUGCUCAGAAAAUCUAUCCCCUCAAAACAUCAAAGGCAUCGUAUAUUACGGAGACUCGCCCUCGACUCCAACAACCUCCGAGUAUAGCUACACAGACAGCUGCGAUGACGAAGACAUGUCCGAUCUAAUCCCCAUCGUCACGGAAUCCGUUUCAACUCCUUACUACAACAAAUCUGAGCCCGUCUCACUAGGACAGAAUGGUGGAGAUCUGUACCGCUGGAAACUAAACUCUACAUCCAUGCACGUUGACUGGACGGAUCCGACCCUACUCGAAAUUUAUCGUGGCCACCACUCCUGGAAAAAUAGCAGCGGAGUUAUCGAGCUCCCGAAGAAGAACAAGUGGGUCUAUGUCGUUAUUGAGACAACGCUUUCUGUUCCGCAUCCCAUUCACCUUCACGGACAUGAUUUCUAUGUUAUGGCUCAAGGAAGUGGAACAUACGAUGGUGAUGUGACUUCGUUGGCUCGCCCGCCAAAGCGCGACACUGCUAUGCUGCCAUCGGAUGGACAUUUGGUGAUUGCUUUCAAAACGGAUAAUCCCGGUGCGUGGUUGAUGCAUUGUCAUAUUGGGUGGCAUACCGAGGAGGGCUUCGCUAUCCAGUUUGUGGAGCGUUAUGAUGAGAUCAAGGCUUUGAUAGACUAUGAUGACUUGAAAAGUAACUGUGCCAGCUGGGACACAUAUGAGAGCUCGUCUAGUGUUGAGGAAGAUGAUUCAGGGGUUUGA